UCACAUUAAAGUAUACCGGGUGCGUGCACUCUGCAAGGUCAUCCUCUCCUACACGUGCAGGCGGUGAGGGCUGGUGUGCGCUACUAGAAGUAUGUUGGGUCCGGCGGCCGGGAUGGCGGUGACCCAGCCUGGUGUGUCGCCGGCUUUUUCGUCCGUCUGGCGGUGCGCGGUGCGAGGCCUGGCGGGGCAAAGCGAGAAGGGUCUCUUUCCUCUGAGGGUCCCGGAGGCAGGGGAAGCAGCCCGGGCGAUCCUGGAGAACCCUCGGGCAGCUUCCCCACUGAGAAGGUUCAUCGCCUGCCCCGACCUGGCGCGUACUGUGGUCUCACGGCUGGGUAACAGCCAAGACGCGGAGUCCACUGGCCGGCGGCCGGCGGCCGUGCUGGAAUGCGAGCCAGGUCCUGGACUCUUGACUCGAACACUACUCAAUGCUGGAUCCCAAGUGAUAGCGCUAGAGAGCAAUAACGCCUUUCUUCCUGAUCUGGAGGCUCUGAAGAAGAAAUUAAAUGGACAACUGGAAGUGGUGCAUUGUGACUUCUUCAGAUUGGACCCUAUUGGUGUUGGAACAAUGAGGCCUCCUAUCAUGUAUUCUGAGAGACUUUUUGAGAAUUUGGGCAUCCUGCCUGUUCCUUGGACAGCAGAUAUUCCUCUAAAAGUGGUUGGAAUUGUCCCACAGAGAAGGGAAAGGAACCUCCUCUGGAAGCUACUUUAUGCUUUAUAUGAACGUAGUUCUGUAUAUAAAUAUGGAAGAAUAGAAUUGAACCUAUUUGUCAGUGAAAAAGAGUACAAGACUCUUGUUGCAAAGCCUGGAGAUCCAAGAAUUUAUCAAACCCUAAGCGUACUUUGGCAAACUGCCUGUGAUGUUCAGCUUCUGCACAUGGAGCCUUGGUCUUCAUUUUUAACUAAUUCAAGAAAUGGUGGACUUUCCAUACCAAAGAGCGUGCUGCUGCAGAAUGACCACUUAUGCUUAGUACGAAUGACACCUCGAAAGAAUUUAUUUACAGGCAGCUUGAUAACCACAAACUCAAGCAUAUUUAUUCUGAUGGUAAAACAAUGUCUUGCUAAAAGCAGUACGAAAUUAGUAGACAAAUUGAAUUUGUGGAGUUCCAACAGUGGGAAGAAUCUGUUGAGACAGCUAGAGAUACCAGAACACGUUACAACAGGCAGUUUAUACCCAGAAGAGUACAAACGCCUUUUUGAGGCUAUGGAACAAUCUAAUGAAUUUGACCAAAGCUGGCUUUAUGAUGAUUCCUUGGAAAACAGUAGGGGUGUAAUUUUUUGAAAUGAAGCCUGCAUACUUCAGAAGGAAUCUUUGUGACUUUCAACAUGAUGCAAAAGAAAAAAACAACAACCUGGAAUUUCUUUAGCAACAAAUAUGAUUUCUGUGCAGAUAGGAGUGACACCUCUUGGAAAAUCAGAGGCUCUUCAGAUGCAAGCAAGUGCAAUCCUUUGUAGUUUGAAGUUGGCAUUUUCUGUGUUACAAUGAAAAAAUCCUUGGUUGUCAGAAUGCCUGUUACGGGCGGAACUUUGCGUUGUAUGUGACUUGCAUUUGGAGAACAGGGCAAGUACAGUAUGGCCUACAGAGAGAGUAACUGUAAUAUGUUAGAUACUCUGUGGACUUGCUAUAUGCAACUCCCAUUUUAAGUAAGAUGUUGCCUUAAUAGCACUGAGCAAAAGGAGCUGGACUUGGAAGAGUCCAACUGUGCAUUUUCAGUUUAAAGACUUGUUACACUAAAAAUGGUAGGUUUGUAAAAAUUCUGUCUUUUUAAGAAAAAAUGAUUGCACCUUAUAGAAAUGGAGUGACUUCACACGUGACAGUUUUUCUUUCUGUUCCUUCCCACUACUGCCCUGUAUAUCCUUGAAAAGCCAUUCAUAAGGUUUAUGGGUCUACAGGGUAGAGUGUGGGAGAUGGCACAGAAAGCAUGAAUGCAUGAAUGUAUGAGGCAUACAGGUGAGAGUGUGACGUGGUGAUUUCUUGCCUCGUUCUGGCUGCUGUCCUGUUUCAUAUCCCUCAUUCCUGAGGAUCCUUCAACACUCAGGAGUGGUAUUUCAUGUGGAGGGACCACAAAACCACAUUGUUUGAAGUUCUAUGGGGUCCAACCCUGUUGAACGCGUAGUGGCAAUAGUGUCUCUGAGCAAGCUUUGAACUACUGUGACAGUUCCUCAUUUUUUCCUUUUGUGUAAAUACUGUAUUUGUGUUAAUUUUUUUAAUUAAAAAAAGUGAAAUAGAA